AUGAAGGGCAGACAGCCUAGUUAGUUGUCAGUGUAGUUUCGUGUUUAUCAAGUGGAGGCUUAAGACCUCUUGUAUUAUUAUCAUGGCACGGUCAAAAUAUACUACCGUUUUAUGGCUGUUAUCCUUAGCGAUAGCCCUUCAUUUAGCAUGCGCAGAUAAAGGAGGCGGAGGCGGCGGAUAUGGACAAGACUCGUAUUCGGCCCCACCCAGCUCCGGUUACGGUGCACCCAAAGCACCCAAAGCCAAGGGAUACGCAGCUCCCAAAGCACCCAAGGCACCCAAGGCUCCUAAAGCACCCAAAGCCCCUACUCCAGUCAAAUAUGCCGGACCCAUCGUCUACACCGCUGAGAAGCCACCCGUCAUCUAUUUCCCACCCCCACCUCUUCCCCAAAAGGCUAAGAAAGAGAAAUCCAAGGGUAAGGGAUACGGAUAUGGAGCUCCUGAGCCCGAAUACAAGCAGCCCAAGGCUGAACACCCCAUCAAAUACGUCCCACUUCCGCAUCACGAUCUUCCGGUCCUGAUUUACCAAUCCGAUAGCCAGCCGCCCAUCCACGUUGUCCACCCGCCAGCGGGAGACUACGCCCCGGCUCCGGCUCCUCAAUACGCCUCGUCUUACGAGCAACCAGCCCCGUCUUACGAUGCUGGAUCGGCUUACGCUGCCUCAGCUCCAGCUCCUUACACUCCUCCGGCCCCGGUUUACGAACAAGCCGCUCCAGCCUAUGAGGCUCCCGCUCCGGCUUACCCCCAACCGCAAGCCUAUGAAACUGCUCCGGCUCCUUCCUACGACGCUGCCCCAGCAGCUCCAGCUUAUGAAGCAGCUCCAGCUCCAGCUUACCCUCAACCAUCUUACGAGCCCGCUCCAGCUCCAGCUUACCCGCAGCCAUCUUACGAUGCCGCUCCGGCUCCAGCUUAUCCCCAACAACAGUCGUACGAAUCUGCUCCUGCUGCUUCUUCUUACGCUCCUCAGCAGCAAUCUUACGAUGCUGCUCCUCCAGCUCCGGCCUACGCUCCUCAGCCACAGACUUACGAAGCUGCUCCCCCAGCUCCAGCUUCUUAUGAGGCCGCCCCAGCUCCUUACACUCCUCCUGCUCAGUAUUACGAUGUUGCACCGGCCCCAGCUUACGCUCCACAGCCGGCUGCCUAUGAAACAGCUCCUGCCCCCGCGUACGAAGCCGCUCCAUCUGGACAGGCUUAUGCCACGGCUCCUGCCUACGAACAGCCAGCUCCUUCUUACGAGCAACAAGCUCCGGCUUACCCUUCGGCCCCGGUCUACGAGCAGCCAGCUCCAGCUUACGAACAACAAGCUCCAGCCUAUGAACAGCCUGCCCCGGCUUACGAUCAACAGGCUCCAUCUUACGAGCAACCGGCUCCUGCUUACGAUCACCAAGCCCCGGCUUACGAACAGGCUCCAGCAGCUUACCCCGUUGCCAACACACAGCCACUUUACUUGAGCGCUCCUCCAGCUCCUGCUCCCGUUUACGUCAACCAGCCCGAUCCUUACUACGCCGCUCCUUCUGCCGCUUACGGUGCCCCCAAGAAACCCAAGGCACCCAAGGCUUCGUACGGUGCCCCCAAGCUGCCAAAGAUCUCUUUGCCCAAAAUCAAGAGCAAGGGAUACGGCGCUCCCAAGAAACCAAAGGCAUCCUACGGAGCUCCAAAGGCCAAGGCACCCAAGGCCCCUAAAGCUAAAGGAUACGCAGCACCCAAAGCUCCCAAGGCACCCAAGGCUAAGGGAUACUCAGCUCCUAAGGCUCCCAAGGCGAAGGCAGCAGCAGCACCAGAGGCUCCUCACAUCGUUUACGCUGGACACCCACCCAUUCACGUUUACCAACAACCAGAGGCUUACAUCACUCCCGAAGAACCCAAAAAGGCACCAAAGGCUCCUAAAGCUCCCAAGGCCAAGGGAUACUCUGCUCCUAAAGCACCAAAGGCACCUAAAGCCUCUUAUGGCGCACCAAAGGCUCCCAAGGCACCUAAAGCACCCAAAGCUAAGGGUUACGGAGCUCCCAAGGCCCCCAAGGCAUCUUACGGAUCACCCAAAGCUCCCAAGGCACCUAAAGGACAGUACGGAAAGGCCCCCAAAGCCCCCAAGUCCAAAGGACAGAGCCACGGAUACGAGCAGCCCAAGGCCAAGGGAGUGUACGUUCCAGCACCCAAAGCCUACCACAAGCCACCCAUCAUCAUCUACCAGGGUGUCCGCCCACCAGUGCACGUCUACCAGGCCCCAGUUGCUGAAUACGCCCCAGCUCCUAGCUACGGAUCUGCCCCUCCAUCAUAUGAUGCCGGUUACUCUGCCCAGGAGCCGACUUACGACCAAGGAGCCGGAUACCCUCAAGUCCCAACUUACGACCAAGGAGCCAGCUACGCACCUCAAGCGCCAGCUUAUGACGCAGGAGCCAGCUACGCACCACAGGCGCCAUCAUACGACCAAGGAGCCAGCUAUGCCCCUCAAGCCCCAUCUUACGACACUGGAGCCAGCUAUGCCCCCCAGGAGCAAUCUUACGCUCCUCAAGAGCAAUCGUACGCCCCACAAGAGCCAGCUUACUCAGCCCCAGCUCCGGCUUACCCUCCUCAAGCUCCAUCAUACGACUCUGGAUCCAGCUAUGCUCCCCAGGAGCCAUCUUACGACGCCGGAGCCAGCUACGCCGCUGAGGCACCGACUUAUUCCGAUGCUGGAUCCCAGCCCGACUACUCCCAACAGCAGCCACAGGCUUACGAUGCCGGCGCCAGCUACUCGGUUGCUCCAGCUGAGCCCCAACAGGAGCAGGCUCCCGCUUACGACGCAGGAGCAGCAGCAGCCGCUGGCGGUUACGCAGUCAAGAGCGACGAGUGGACGCCAGUGAGCGGUGGCUCGGCUCCCGGUUUCGCAGUUCCCGGCGCAGCCAAUUACUUCCCCGUUUACAACCGGGGUCAAGUCUACGGAUUGAGGAACGCCAAGUCUGACGAACAGCAGCAAGCGGAGGCUGAUGGAGAGAGUCCAGUAGAACUGACGGUCGGAUCGGCGCUGACGAUCGACAGCCAGGAUGAAGAGUAGAAAGAGGUUUUUCUCGCCCUGGAUCGAUCAGAUUUUCACUUUCUACAUUAUUUUUCCACCUCUAUCUAUACCACCUUUUAAUUUUAUCAUUAUAACAACAAAAAAACUCCCUCCCCUUUGCUGAUGAUGAGACUGCUGUCCCAGCCGAGUCCUCCCUAGCCUCCCUCCCCAUUCCCCCCCACCCCACCCCCCAUCCCCACCUGCUCUAUCUAUUGUAACCUUGUUUUAUUUAUUCUUUUCUCCCCUGACUCUCCCCCUCAAAUCACGAGACGCUCCGAUUCUGGGUGUGUCGGAGUCAAACGUUGCCAACACGUCGGACGACGAAAGCAAAUGAGAAACAAACAAAAAAAAACAAAAACAACAAACACAAAGACGUUUAUUAUAUCUUAUUUACAUCUUAUUUACAUCUGACGAAAAAAGAAACAACUCAAAAAACGACCAUCUCUUCGACUUGAAAACUCAAAAUUUAAAAAAUUCACAAAAUACAAAAAAUUACAAAAAAAAACCCACAAGCGCAAUCAAGACUUUUUUACGAAUGACGAGACGGGACUAAAAGACGACUAUUUUUUGUUUGAAAAAAAAAAUAAUAAUAAGAGAGAGAGAGCAACAGGUGACAUCCAGCUGGUCUGUGAUGGAAUCUAUUGGCUCUUUUAAUUGUUAUCUAUUUCUUUAUAUGGCAUUAUUGACUAUUUCUCCCCGACUUGUUUAAUUUAUACGAAAGAAAGUAUAAAAUUAUCAGAUACAACUUGUGCGCUUGUCUUUUUUCAUGUCAAGAUGAAAGGAAUCAAACCAAACAAAAUGAACGUGACGGAUGAUUUGCCAACGCUGACGAUGCCGCCCAAGAUCUUGAGACUUGACUCUAGUUCGCUGUAAAUAGCACCCGACUUUUGACGAUACCCAAUUCUCCUCCCGAUUCCUUCUCCUCCACACUUUUUCUCCUACUUUUUCACACACUUUCGACAUGUAUUUCGAUUUUUUUUAUUUUUUUUUUAAACAUCAAUCAAGGAUCUUUUUUUUUUAUUAUUAUUAUUAUUCGAAUCGGAUCAUUUCUCCGGACAGCGCCUUACGCUUCUUGGUCAUUCAGCAUUCGUCUAUUUUAUACUGUGGCAGCGUCAACGAGUGCAAGUUAAUGUUAUUCUUAUGUUAACGCGUGUGUGUUGCCUUGCAGUUGACAGGUUGCUUAUACUUCUUGAUCAAAGUAUUUUUUUGUUUCUUUUGUUGUUGCUUUUGUAUUAUCGGUCGGGAUUUUCACAACAAAAAUACUGUCUCGCAGAAUGACCAGUGUGCAAGGCCAUAUCUGGUGCCGUGCUCAACUAUUGUUAUCAAAGAUAUGUGGCAUUUUCUAUACCUUCCCCCCCACUUCUAUUCCCCGAUUUUUUUUUUCUCCCAAUUGGUCUUGCAAAGAUUAGCUCUAUAGUGUAAUGUAAGGUAUGGCCUGUGGCCAUUUUUCUCCCCAAAUGUCCGACCAAUCUGGUUACCCCUCCAUUAAUUUAUGCAUUAUCUUCUAACAGGAAUACACACUACAUAAAAUAAGAA